GAGCGCUGGCAGUUCCGUGGUGGGGAUGGUGAAGAGCGCCAGCUUCGCGAGCAGCGCUGGCCACUGCGGACUUCCGAGGCACUCCGGGCCGUGAAAACCUCUGCGCCGCGGCCAAUCUCAGGCCUCCGAGGCCGGCCGCAGUUCUCCAAGCUGGGCUGCAAGGAGUGUCUAGCGCGGUAGCGCCGAUUCUCCUCAUCCCGAGAGACAUUCCGGGGAUCUCGAGCUUCCCCGGCGACCCCUAGUCCCGGCCUCCUGUGCGCACCCGACUCAGAGACCCCCUCGGGUGUCCGGGGCGCGGACGAGCCGCGGCCGGGUCCUGGCGUACACCAUGAUCGUAGCGGACUCGGAGUGUCAUGCCGAGAUCAAGGGCUACCUGCCGUUCACUAGGGGCGGUGUGGCCGGCCCCGAAACCCAAGAGGAGCAUCGGGAGGGCCAGGCUCGGCGAGGUCCUCGAGGGCCCAGUGCCUUCAUCCCAGUGGAGGAGAUCCUGCGGGAAGGAGCUGAGAGCCUGGAGCAGCACCUGGGACUCGAGGCUCUGAUGUCCUCAGGGCGGGUGGACAACCUGGCGGUGGUGAUGGGUCUGCACCCCGACUACCUUAGCAGCUUCUGGCGCCUGCACUACCUGCUGCUGCAUACGGAUGGGCCCCUGGCCAGCUCCUGGCGCCACUACAUUGCCAUCAUGGCUGCUGCCCGCCACCAGUGUUCUUACCUGGUGGGUUGCCACAUGACUGAGUUCCUGCAGACUGGUGGUGACCCCGAGUGGCUGCUGGGCCUCCACCGCGCCCCUGAGAAGCUCCGAAAGCUGAGCGAGAUCAACAAGUUAUUGGCGCAUCGGCCGUGGCUCAUCACCAAGGAGCAUAUCCAGGCCUUGCUGAAGACUGGCGAGCACAGCUGGUCCCUGGCUGAACUCAUCCAAGCACUGGUCCUGCUUACCCACUGCCACUCUCUGGCCUCCUUUGUGUUUGGCUGUGGAAUACGUCCUGAGGGAGAUGCAGAGGGCAGCCCUGCCUCACAGGCACCUUCGCCUCCCAGUGAGCAAGGCAGCCCCCCAAACGGGGACCCAUUGAAUAACUCAGGGGGCUUUGAAGCCGCUCGUGAUGUAGAAGCUCUGAUGGAACGCAUGAGGCAGCUUCAGGAGAGCCUGCUGAGGGAUGAGGGGGCGUCCCAGGAGGAAAUGGAGAACCGUUUUGAGCUCGAGAAGUCAGAAAGCCUGCUGGUGACCCCCUCAGGGGAUAUCCUGGAGCCUUCUCCACACCCAGACAUCCUAUGCUUUGUGGAGGACCCCACGUUUGGAUAUGAAGAUUUCACUCGUCGAGGGACCCAGGCCCCACCAACCUUCCGUGCCCAGGAUUAUACCUGGGAAGACCAUGGCUACUCGCUGAUCCAGCGGCUCUACCCUGAGGGGAGUCAGCUGCUGGACGAGAAGUUCCAGGUAGCCUACGGCCUCACCUAUAACACCAUCGCCAUGCACAGCGGUGUGGACACCUCCGUGCUCCGCAGGGCCAUCUGGAACUACAUCCACUGCGUCUUCGGCAUCAGAUAUGAUGACUAUGAUUACGGGGAGGUAAACCAGCUCCUGGAAAGGAACCUCAAAAUCUAUAUCAAGACCGUGGCCUGCUACCCAGAGAAGACAACCCGCAGAAUGUACAACCUCUUUUGGAGGCACUUCCGCCACUCAGAGAAGGUUCAUGUGAACUUGCUGCUCCUUGAGGCCCGCAUGCAAGCGGCCCUGCUCUAUGCCCUGCGUGCCAUCACCCGAUACAUGACCUGACUACCCCGCUCGCAGGACCAGCACCCGGAGCAGCUGACCUGACUACCCCACACGCAGGACCAGCACCCGGAACAGCUGACACUGGGCCACUGUCCUCUGUGCAAGGACUCCUGUGUCUGGAGACAGAUCCAGGACCCUUUCUGCCUCAUGUCUGUCUGCCCAAUUCGGGAGAUGGGCAUGCGCUGUGUGGCCAUGCGCUGCCCCAAGGCAAGCCACACCUUCCUUUUUCUCACUGGACUGAACAGGAUUGUUGCACUGACUUUGGGGGUCUCAGCUCUGUCCCUGGAGCUGGAGGAAGACUAGGAAAGCUCAAGGGCCACAUCCCCUUUUCUUUCCCUGCUCCUAAGAGCAGAUGAAGGCUACAGAGCUAAGGUCCGGUUUAUGCACCAGCAGGCUGGGCCCCAGGCACCACACGUGCUGCCUUCCUGGACUGGGAAGCCCCUGGCUGCCCGAGUGGGACAGGAACAAGGACCUCCAGGGACUAGCACUCCAGGAAGCUUGCCUUCCCUCGUUCCUCAUUGGCCAGUGUCAUUACCUGCCACCUGCCUCCCACCCAUCAAUGUGAAAGUUGGACUCACAGCUGGUCUGUGGGCCCCGUUUCCCCAAGCCUGUUCUGUUGGACAGCCUGUUCUUUGGUUAUCUGAAUAUUGGUUCAGUCCUUUUGUCUCCUUUGCCCUCCCCUCGCACCCUUUUCUCCCAUGCCUGGUGGUGUGGAGCCUGGGAGAGGGGCCAAACAUAUCCAAAGAACACACUGUCUCUGGAGAGUUGGAGCUCAUGGUGGUCUCUGUGCUGUCUGAAGAGUAAGGAGUGGUUGCUGGUGAACUCUAUUUGGGUCCUGAGGCCGAGGUCUGGUCUCUUGAGGACCUCACCGUGGAACCAGAGCCAAAGCCUAAGAGGGAGUUGAUACUGUUCUAGAUUGUAUUGCCAUGCAGAGGCUGCCAUUCCAUUCUUCUCCUUAUCCCUUGGGUUCUGCCAAGAAUGCUUGCCAAAAAAAAAAAAAAAAAAAAAAAAAAAAAGAGCCUUUCUUAGGUGGCACCAGGGGCCCACCUGGUAAGAUGCGUAUACCAAGGUUCUCUUUCUCUCAGCCACAGGGCUCCAUUUCUUGGACCUCACAGUUGGAGACUGAGGGAUUGGCAUAAGUCUCUCAAGCUUUGCUGCUUUCCUCUGGGCUCUCUGGCCAAACCAUCAACAGCAGACUGAUUUUCUAGAAAGACCUUAAAGGCCUCUGGGGACCCUUAUUCUACAGUCAGCUUUUUCUGGUUGCCUUCCAAGGGACCCCCCCCCCCAUCCCAGUGUCCCAUCUGUCCCCUCUCCUGGAUUUAAAUGGCUUACUUGGCAGAAGCAGCCACCACUGACAAGCACUUUGCAUAGCAAACAACUGUGAAUUCUGACUUCUCUUCCCCUUCCACCACCACCAUCAGCAGCAGUAGGUGCUUGAGAAAACCAAGGACACCCUGCUGCCAUUUCAUCUCCAUUGGGCCAGGCACAGCAGGAGCCUGGCCAGUGUGCCACAUUUCACACCCGUGCAGGCACGGGAAGCAACUAGUGCCCCCUCCAGGCUUGAAAGCUCUCCCUGCAGUGAAGGUGGGCAAGAGAGGAGGGGGCCCCAGCAUGGGGGGAAGUUCUAAAGGGGACACAAUGACACCAACAGUGUCCCCUGGGUGGGCGGGAAAGGGCAUCCAGUGUUAAAGUGCAGAAAUCUUGGACCUUGUAAGCAGUAAUAGAAGUAAAACUUUGCUGACGUUUGUUUUGUA